AUGUACGGUUCCGGCCAGCAGACGGGCAUCUCCACGCCCCGCUCUGCGGCAAACCUGCGCCCGCUCAUCCUCUCCCACGGCUCGCUCGAAUACACGCUCCUCAUCCCGACCGCCCUCCACUUCAAUGCACAACAAUUGAGGGACACGUUCAAGUCGACGCUCCCAGAGCCCACCGACGAGCUCGCCCUAGACGAUGAGCCAUCAUCGGUGGCGGAGCUGGUGGCGCGAUACCUUGGCUUUGUCGCGAAGGAGGUAGAGGAGGGGGAGGACCCUGACUCUUUCGAGGAGGUGCUCAAGCUCGUUCUUACCGAAUUCGAGCGUGCCUUCCUCCGCGGCAACGAGGUGCACGCGCUGGCUGCAUCUCUGCCCGGCAUCACCGAGAAGAAGCUGGUCACGGUGCGGUCAUACUACGCUGCUCGCGCGGCGGUAGAGAGGCCAAUCAAGCACCACGAGUCGGCUCUCUUCCGCGAGGCUUCCGACGAGAAUGCCUUCAUCUACGCUGUUCUGGGCGGCCAGGGCAACAUCGAGGAGUACUUCGAUGAACUCCGCGAGAUCUACAACACCUACCCUUCAUUCGUAGAGGACUUUGUUGCGGCCGAGGCACAGCAUCUCCUCGUCCUGUCGCGUGACCCACGCGCUGAGAAGCUCUACUCCAAGGGCCUCGAUGUCAUGCGAUGGCUCAACAACCGAGACUCACAACCCGAUACCGACUACCUGGUUUCGGCACCUGUCAGUUUGCCCUUGAUUGGGUUGACUCAGCUUGCACACUACGUCGUAACGUGCAGAGUGCUCGGCAGCCAUCCUGGCCACGUACGCAGCCGCCUGUCUGGUGUAACCGGUCACUCACAGGGUGUCGUUACAGCCGCCGCCAUCGCCGAAGCUAAGAACUGGGAAUCUUUCGAGCGAUCUGCCAAGAAAGCCAUUGAGAUCCUCUUCUGGAUCGGUGCGCGGAGUCAGCAAGCCUUCCCCAGAACCUCGCUGGCACCGACAGUCUUGCAAGACUCGGACGAGAACGGCGAGGGUGUCCCCACGCCUAUGCUUUCCAUCCGUGAUCUCUCAAGAAAAGCAGUCCAGGACCACAUUGACGCGACAAAUGCCCAUUUGCCCCAAGAUCGGCACAUUGCCAUCUCUCUAGUCAACAGCGCUCGCAACUUCGUAGUCACAGGUCCACCAAUCUCUCUGUACGGUCUCAACCUUCGUUUGCGCAAGGACAAGGCCCCGACUGGCCUGGACCAAACGAGAAUUCCCUACACUGAGCGCAAAGUGCGCUUUGUCAACCGCUUCCUACCCAUCACUGCUCCUUUCCACAGCCCAUAUCUGGUAGAUGCGACCAAGCAGCUCGAAGAUGAUCUCAAGGCAAUCAAGAUCUCUACCGCCGAUCUUGGCAUCCCCAUGUAUGACACACAUACAGGCCAAGACCUUCGCGAGACCGAGAGCGACAACAUCGUGCCUCGCCUUGUCAGCAUGAUCACUGCCGACUCGGUCGAGUGGGAGAAGGCAACUGUCUUCCCCAAGGCUACCCACAUUCUCGACUUCGGCCCCGGUGGUAUCUCAGGUCUCGGAGUGCUCACCAACCGCAACAAGGACGGUACUGGUGUCCGUGUCAUCCUUGCAGGUGCUAUCGAUGGACAAAAUGCCGAAGUUGGCUACAAGCCCGAGAUCUUCGAUCGCGACUUCGAUCACGCUGUUAAGUACGCUGUCGAUUGGGUCAAAGAGCACGGGCCGCGUCUCGUCAAGACAUCUACUGGGCAGACCUACGUCGACACCAAGAUGAGCCGCAUGCUCGGUUUGCCUCCCGUGAUGGUGGCUGGUAUGACGCCCUGCACUGUUCCAUGGGACUUUGUCGCAGCGACUAUGAAUGCCGGCUAUGAGAUCGAGCUUGCUGGCGGUGGCUACUACAAUGAGAAGACCAUGACCGAAGCUAUCACUAAGGUCGAGAAGGCGAUUCCUGCUGGUCGUGGUAUCAGCGUCAACCUCAUCUAUGUUAACCCUCGCGCUAUGGCCUGGCAGAUCCCCCUCUUGGCCAAGCUCAGGGCCGAAGGUGUUCCUAUCGAAGGUCUUACCAUCGGUGCUGGUGUUCCAUCCAUUGAAGUAGCCAACGAAUACAUCGAAACCCUUGGCAUCAAGCACAUUGCCUUCAAGCCUGGUUCCGUCGAGGCUAUUCAGCAGACCAUUAACAUUGCGAAGGCGAACCCUACCUUCCCGGUCUUGAUGCAAUGGACUGGUGGUCGUGGUGGAGGUCAUCAUUCCUUCGAGGACUUCCAUCAGCCCAUUCUGCAGAUGUACAGCCGUCUGCGCAAGUGUGAGAACCUGAUUCUCGUCGCAGGUUCCGGUUUCGGUGGUGCCGAAGACACAUACCCAUACCUCACCGGUCAAUGGUCUACCAAAUUUGGAUACCCACCCAUGCCAUAUGACGGUUGCUUGUUCGGCAGUCGCGUAAUGACGGCGAAGGAAUGCUACACAUCAAAGAUGGCCAAACAAGCUAUCGUUGACGCCCCUGGUCUUGACGACGAGGACUGGGAGAAGACCUACAAGGGCCCAGCUGGAGGUGUCAUCACUGUUCGCUCUGAGAUGGGUGAGCCAAUCCACAAGCUUGCCACUCGUGGUGUCAUCUUCUGGCAUGAGAUGGACCAGAAGAUCUUUAGUCUCGACAAGGCCAAGCGUGUCCCCGAACUGAAGAAGAUGCGCGAGUACAUCAUCGAGAAGCUGAACAAGGACUUCCAGAAGGUCUGGUUCGGCAAGAACAAGAAGGGAGAGUCAGUUGACUUGGAAGACAUGACCUACACUGAGGUUGUCCAACGUAUGGUAGACCUCAUGUACGUCAAGCACCAAUCCCGCUGGAUCGACCAGAGUUUGAAGCGCUUGACUGGCGACUUCAUCCGCCGAUUGGAAGAGCGUUUCAGCAAAGCUAGCAGCGAGUCACUCAUCCAAAACUACGAUGAGCUCAACGACCCCUUCCCAAUGCUCGAGAAGGUCUUCAAGGCUUACCCCGAUGCCGACAACCAGCUCAUCAGCGCCCAAGAUGUGCAACACUUCCUGUUGCUCUGCCAACGUCGUGGACAGAAGCCUGUGCCGUUCGUUCCCGUCCUUGACGAGACCUUUGAGUUUUUCUUCAAGAAGGAUUCACUCUGGCAAUCCGAGGAUCUCGAUGCUGUCGUUGACCAAGACGUUGGCAGGACAUGUAUCCUUCAAGGACCCAUGGCUGUCAAGUACUCCACCAAGGUUGACGAGCCCAUCAAGGAGAUCCUGGAUGGUGUCCACGAGGGUCACAUCAAGCUCCUUAUGCACGACAUCUACGGCGAUGACGAGUCCAAGGUUCCCGUCAUUGAGUACUUCGGUAGCAACCUGCUAGCGCCACCCCAGGGUCUAGAGGUCGAUGGUCUUACCGUCUCAGAGCUCGAGAACAAGGUCAUUUACCGCCUCUCCGCUGCUCCCAACGCCACAAUGCCAGAAGUACACUCAUGGCUGCAACUCCUGGCAGGCUCCAGCUAUUCAUGGAGACAUGCUUUCUUCACUGCGGACAUCUUUGUGCAGGGUCAGCGUUUCCAGACCAACCCUACUUCCAGGGUCUUUGCUCCCACACCUGGCAUGGUUGUCGAAAUUCAGAACCCCAACGAGCCUGCCAAGACUGCCAUCAUCGUCAAGGAGCUGCACCACGGCGGCAAGCUAAUCAAGACCGUCGAAGUCAGCCUCACGAAAGACAGCGAGAUCCUGCUCAACAUCUACGAGGAGCGUACCGCCAUUGGACACGCAGUCGCAUUACCUUUCCGCUUCACCUACCGUCCUGACGUAGGCUACGCGCCUAUUCAUGAGGUCAUGGAUGCCCGAAACGACCGCAUCAAGGACUUCUACUACAAGAUCUGGUUUGGAGAUGAGGCUUGCCCAUUCGAUGCGUCCGUCACUUCACGCUUCGAUGGUGGCCGCGCCACUGUAACAAGUGAGGCUAUCAACGACUUCGUCCACGCAGUCGGAAACAAGGGUGAGGCCUUUGUUGACCGACCUGGCAAGGAAGUUUACGCCCCCAUGGACUUCGCCAUCGUUGUCGGCUGGAAGGCCAUCACCAAGCCUAUCUUCCCUCGCGCAAUCGAUGGUGACCUUCUCAAGUUGGUCCAUCUUUCCAACGGGUUCCGCAUGAUCUCUGGCGCUGAGCCCUUGAAGAAGGGCGAUGUUCUCGACACCACUGCACAGAUCAAUGCUGUCAUCAACCAGGACUCUGGUAAGAUGGUAGAGGUCUGUGGCACCAUCACCCGCGAUGGUAAGCCAGUGAUGGAAGUCACUAGUCAAUUCCUCUACCGCGGCGCAUAUGAUGAUUUCCAGAACACGUUCCAGAGGAAGGUCGAGAAGCCCAUUCAGCUAAACUUGGCUACCAGCAAGGACGUGGCCAUUCUGCGAUCAAAGGAGUGGUUUAACUUUGAGGAGCCUGAGAUCGACCUGCUGAACAAGACCUUGCUCUUCAAGCUCGAGACUGUCGUGCGAUACAAGAACAAGACAGUCUUCUCUGACAUCGAGACUCAAGGAGAGGUCUUGCUCGAACUUCCGACUAAGGAGGUGAUCCAAAUCGCUUCCGUGCAAUACAGCUCGGGCACCGCAUACGGCAACCCCGUCCUCGACUACUUGGAGCGCAACGGAGCUGCGGUUGAUCAGCCAGUGCUGUUCGACAACGCUAUCCCACUUCACGGCAAGGCACCGCUUCAGCUCAAGGCACCUGCUUCCAACGAGAACUAUGCUCGCGUCUCUGGCGACUACAACCCCAUUCACGUCUCACGUGUCUUUGCCAGCUACGCCAACCUACCUGGUACGAUCACCCACGGCAUGUACUCCAGCGCAGCUGUCCGAAGCUUGGUAGAGACCUGGGCCGCCGAGAACAAUGUCGGUCGUGUUAGGAGCUACCACGUCAACCUCGUGGGCAUGGUGCUUCCCGAUGACAUGCUUGAUGUCAAGCUUCAGCACGUCGGUAUGGUGUCUGGUCGUAAGAUCAUCAAGAUUGAAGUCAGCAACCAGGAGACCGAAGACAAGGUCCUCCUUGGCGAGGCUGAGGUUGAGCAACCCACUACCUCAUACGUCUUCACUGGACAAGGAUCGCAAGAACAGGGUAUGGGUAUGGAGCUUUACAACAGCAGUCCUGUCGCCAAGGAAGUCUGGGACCGUGCCGAUAAGCACUUCAUGGACAACUAUGGCUUCGCAAUUACCAACAUCGUGAAGAACAACCCCAAGGAGCUCACCAUUCACUUUGGUGGCCCAGUCGGCAAGGCCAUCCGCCAGAACUACAUGUCCAUGACAUUCGAGACUGUUGCUGCGGACGGCUCCAUCAAGUCUGAGAAGAUCUUCAAGGAGAUUGACGAGAACACCACAUCGUACACCUACCGGUCGCCGACUGGUCUGUUGUCAGCGACUCAAUUCACACAGCCUGCUCUGACACUCAUGGAGAAGGCAUCGUUCGAGGACAUGCGCGCCAAGGGUCUGAUCCAGGUCGAGAGCACAUUCGCUGGGCACUCUCUCGGUGAAUACUCCGCUCUUGCGGCCAUGGCUGAGGUCAUGCCUAUCGAGAGUUUAGUCUCAGUCGUGUUCUACCGUGGUCUUACCAUGCAAGUCGCGGUCGAGCGUGACGAGACCGGUCGCUCCAACUACUCCAUGUGCGCUGUCAACCCCAGCAGGAUCUCCAAGACCUUCAACGAGCAAGCUCUCCAAUACGUUGUCGAGAACAUUGCCGAGACAACCGGAUGGCUUUUGGAGAUUGUGAACUACAACAUCGCCAACAUGCAGUACGUUGCUGCCGGUGACCUCCGCGCUCUCGACUGCCUUACUGGCGUGACAAACUACCUCAAGCAACAGAAGAUCGACAUCCAAGCACUCAUGCAGACUCUGUCGCUAGAGGAAGUCAAGAACCACCUGGUUGAGAUCAUCAAGGGUUGCGCCGAGCAGACAGAGGCCAAGCCCAAGCCGCUCGACCUGCAGCGUGGCUUCGCUACCAUCCCGCUCAAGGGUAUCGACGUACCCUUCCACUCGACCUUCUUGCGAUCCGGUGUCAAGCCCUUCAGGUCUUUCCUUCUUAAGAAGAUCCACAAGACCUCCAUCGACCCCAGCAAGCUAGUCGGAAAGUACAUCCCCAACGUAACCGCGAAGCCCUUCGCGUUGACCAAGGAGUACUUCGAGGACGUGUACAAGCUCACCAACUCACCCAAGAUCGGCAACAUCUUGGCCAACUGGGAGAAGUACGAGGAGAGUGGUAAAGAGGAGACCAAGACUGAGGCUGCUGCGUGA